CAAUCAUAUUUAUGAAGACUGAACACGUAGAGAAUCCAGGGUUUCGUUGAGAUCCUCCGAUUGCAUCUCUCACAUCUCUGUAUUUGUAGCUUAAUUUUAAAGCCCUAAAUCAAAUUCAAACGAACCCUAAACCUAAAUAUAUCAACCCAUCAAUUUUGCUCACUAAAUGAGACAAUUUUUGUUCAAUUGAGCCCCAGAUUCCUUUUUGCAGGAUGCAGUCUUCUUCUCCUCCAGAUGCUGCGGACGCAAAAGCAGCAUUUCGCAAGCCCUCAAAUGAUGCGGGAAAUAGGAAGUAUCGGCGUCGUUCUCCAGUUAAUGGGUCGCCUUCAUCUGAUGGGAGUCCUAAACAUGACAGGAGCUCUAGCCCAGUAUUUUCAAGAGAAGAUCCUGCAAAAGCUUCUAAACAUCAACAAAGAAGGAGGGAUGAUGAGAGGGAAUUGAACAGGGACUCUGUUCGAAACCAGUAUGGUAGAGGUGGUGACUCAUAUAGAUAUUCUGAUCGCCAAUCUGCCAGGAGUUCACAUGGUUACUCUAGGUGUGAUGAACAUGGCAAACAUGGCAGGCAUGCAAAUCAUGAAGAGAGAAAUGAUCAGAGGUCAUCCUCUCGUACUGGUCGCGGGGCAAGAACAAUUACUCGUACUGAUUAUGCAGGACAAGAAAGUGAUCAUGAUAGGUCUAAAGACUAUAUGAGUGGUGCUAACAAAUCUAUCUGUUAUAGAAAUGAUGUUACUGGGCAUAGAAGCAAGGAUAAGGAGAAAGAGUUGUCGUACUUAGAGCGUCAGAAAUAUAAAGAUAAGGAUUCCUCAUUUGAUAGAGCUGGAUCUGCUAGGAGGCACACUAGCUCAAAUUCUGAAGAAACAGAUAAAGAUUGGCAUAAGCAGAAUAGGUAUGGCAGAGACGAAAAAAGAGAUUAUCGUUGGAGUUCAGGAGACUAUAGAAAUGAUCAGGCAGUUGCCUAUGAAGAAUCAAGGGGUCAUCGAAAUGAUUCAUCUGGGAGUGACCAUGGUGGGCACCGCUUAAAAGAAGCAUAUAAGAGUGACUUGAAGGAGCUGGAUGGGCAAAAGCUUGCCAAAGAGGAGAAGAAGAAAUAUGAUGAUAGGGAAACAAACAGGGACAAGGACCGGUGCUAUAGGGAAAAAGCUGAUUUUGCAAGUGAAAAUCAUGAAACUCUGACCAAGAAGCCAAAGUUUUCAAAUUGGGACAAAGGCGCUGAUUUUGUGAAAGAUGCUGCUGAAAAGAUGUCUUCAAGUUCAAUGCAAGCUCAGGAAACUGGUGGUAAUGUUAAUAAUCCUCAGGCCAAUGAUGGUAACUCUGUCACAAAUGAUCUAAAUGCUGCAAAAGUUGCAGCAAUGAAAGCUGCAGAAUUAGUUAAUAGGAAUCUUGUUGGGGGUGGUUACUUGUCUACUGAUCAAAAGAAGAAGCUGCUGUGGGGAAACAAGAAGAGUACAACUGCAGAAGAGUCUGGUCAUCGCUGGGACACCGCAUUGUUUGGUGAUCGUGAUCGACAGGAGAAGUUUAACAAACUCAUGAGUCUGAGGUUGCCUUGGUACGUAUGGCCAAUUGUAGGGUGUGAAAGGCGAACUGAAAGUAGAGCACGAACCCGACAAUCAAGACGGCAGCGGUCUCCUCCAAGCCGAGAAGCAGAGGGAACUACAGUUGGAUUUGGAAAAGCAGUACACAGCUGGACUUCGGCGGCGAGAUGGACGCACAGUUGGAUUAGGUCUGUAAACAUCAACCUGAGGUCUGUAAACAUCAACCUGGGAUCUGUAUUGACACUCUUCAUCUCCCACUAUGACGUUUUGUUGUACGCAUGUUCAAGAAUCAUAACUCUUAUAUUUUUACACCAACAGCUUGUAAGACAUCUUAGCUUCUGCCUUUGGGCAUUUCGGAUCUUCGAAAAUGGAAAAUGUCACUUUAACAUUGUUGUCUUUAAAUCUUUGAAUGGGUUUUGUUUUCAUGUUUGUUGUUGGAAAGGUAUCAUCAUUUCACCCGCAUUCUGUGUCACAGAACAUCGAUUUCAGAUGUUUACACCUUGCAGCUGUUGCAGUUAUCUUUAUGGAAGAAUUGGGCAUCUAGCGCCAUAAAUGAAAAC